AUGACCGGUCACCAUGAUUCCUUGACUCCCCUCUACCGCUUGACUGGACUCCACCAGAUGUCGGUUAUUGGAGACCUUGAGGAGAGGUGGGACGUCUACUUCCGCCAGUAUCACCUACACUCGUGUAUGCACGCCGAGUGUAUUUGGGUAGACGGAAUGUGGUACUUCCCCGAGCCGGGCCGCCGCGCAGCGACGCUGCACAUGUUCACUCCGUCGCGCCAAGGCCCUAUUGACGACUUCAAGGCAAGUUACUACGACUUCCACCUGCCGAACGGGACCGUCAUUGAGCAGAUGGUUUGGCGCUACAUCGGCCUCGACGACCCGAACAAGGAAUGGCUCCAGGACUACGUGGCCUACAACCUCAACAUGGUCACUGUCGACAUGGUGGUCCUGACCCCCGAAGACUCCGAGGAGUCGACCUGA